CUCAGUUAACCAUUCGCCGCGUUUCCAAGCGCAACGUUCGCUCGAUAUUCGUUUGCUGAAGUUAGCUGAACCGCAAAUCCGAGAAAGUUAUUGUAAAUACCUGUUUGCAUUUGCUUUUGUAUUUAAUUUAUACAUAUUUUCAAUUGAGUGCUCAAAACGUGAUUACGUACAAAUCAAAAAAUUUCAUCGAGUCAACAGGCAGGAUACCGCUUAGGCGGUUGAUUUUAUAAUGGAUUAUCAUCAUGACCGACCUGAAACCUGCCUCAACCACUCAGUGACUAGGAGAAGCUCAUCAUCGUCGUUUGUAAUAAAUAGAACCAGUUUAUUGCUGGCCAUAACAGUUAUUACAGCGGCAAUCGUUUCAAUAUGCUUACAACAAGCUGAGGCUCAAGAUCAAAACGCACCGCCCAUUCUAUAUGUAAGGGAUCGCAAUUGGCGUAUUCCUGAAACUGAGAAAGUGGGUCAAGUAAUCCAACGAGUAAGUGGCGAAGAUCCCGAUCGAGAUGAUCUCUUGUUUGGCAUCGAGCCGCGUAUUUCUCCACAACCUGGAAGUAAUGGAAACGUUCCAAGUGCUUUACCAUUUCGCAUUGAUCCCGACACGGGAGUUGUCUAUCUCAACGAGAGUCUGGCCGGCCGGGCUGGCGAGAAUUUCCUAAUCUACAUCACUGUCUCCGAUGGACAUUAUACGGCAAAAACAGAAGUUUUCAUUAAUAUAUUGGGUCCACAGGAGAAUAACUUUAAUUAUCGCUCGCCAUCGUCGUCAAUAUCACAUGUGGUGCAUAAUAUAUCGAAAUUUUUGCCAACAUUUGGUAGUUUGCCCGGAGUUCAGUCAAUUAGAAAUGGCCAACCAUAUGCUAAUCGACCAUCCAAUAAUUUCCCACCAAGUCUCACUGGCUAUGAGCAACCAAUAUUGCCCUAUUACCAUCCCGUAAUACCAACUACCUCCACAGUGAAUGAACAUGCAGAGAACAGUGACGAGGAGAGCGCAUCGAAAUCGUCUGCUCCGCCACCAGUUACUACCUCGACCACGCCAAGAAGUCGCACCAAAUUGACACCUAUCGGGGCCACAAAGCCGGUGCAAACAGUGGAAAGCGAGGGGAAAACAACAUAUUUUACGAUUAAAUCAACUACGAUUCCAAUAAUUGUCACUGUCUGCGGAUUUUUGGCUGUGAUGGCAGCUUUAUUCGGUUAUCUGUGUCGUCGACGACUGUGCGCCAUCAGCAAGAAUCUGAAGAAGUCAAAGGAGAAAGAGGAGCUGGCCAGAAAAUCGAAUCAAAGUCAACUGAGCAGCACUCUGACUGAUGACAGCCGCAAUUCGAUGGUGAUGCAACAGUGGAAUGGUCCGGUGGCAUUUGCCAAUCGUUAUGUGCCUUGGGAGAGGGAUCAGCAGCUUGCCAUGACUGCAACGUCUCAGCUAUCAACAAGUGCCGCAAAUGGUGGUGACGCUUCCGCGGUGCCUCCCACUAGUGGCGCCAGUCCUCAGGCUGGUUGUGUGGGUCCUGCUACAGGAUAUGGCCAUGGUGUCGAUGCCAACAGCGAUCGUUGGGAAUUCCCAAGGCACCGAUUAAAGUUUUUCAACAUAUUAGGCGAGGGAGCCUUUGGACAAGUAUGGCGUUGUGAGGCCAACGAAUUGAAUGGAUCCGAAGGGGUGACAACGGUAGCCGUAAAAACGUUAAAGGAAAGUGCAACUGGAGUUGAGAAAAAAGACUUACUCUCCGAGUUAGAGGUAAUGAAGUCACUGGAACCUCACAUCAAUGUGGUUCAAUUAUUGGGCUGUUGCACAGAUAAGGAUCCAACUUUUGUAAUACUCGAAUACGUGAAUCGUGGAAAAUUACAAACUUAUUUACGCAAUUCAAGGGCCGAAAGACAUUAUGGAAACACACAUGGAAAGUCGAAUAUCCUGACGUCAGGUGAUUUAACAUCGUUUAUGUAUCAAGUUGCUAAGGGAAUGGAUUAUCUGACAUCGCGUGGAAUUAUUCACAGAGAUUUGGCGGCUCGUAAUAUUCUCAUAACCGACGAUCACACAUGCAAAGUGGCUGAUUUUGGAUUUGCACGGGAUGUAGUCACAUCUAAGAUAUAUGAACGCAAAAGUGAAGGCAAACUGCCCAUACGAUGGAUGGCCACUGAGUCGCUGUAUGAUAAUAUAUUUUCUGCGAAAUCGGAUAUCUGGAGUUUUGGCAUUUUAAUGUGGGAGAUUGUUACACUCGGAUCGACGCCCUAUCCUGGCAUAUCAGCUGCCGAUGUCAUGCGCAAGGUAAGAGACGGCUAUCGUCUCGAAAAACCUGAACAUUGUCGCCGAGAGCUCUACAAUAUAAUGUAUUAUUGCUGGUCGCAAGAUCCCCAGGAGCGUCCCAUGUUUGCAGAAAUAAUACAGAUGCUCGAUAAAUUACUGCACACGGAGAUGGAUUAUAUUGAGUUGGAACGAUUUCCUGAUCACAACUAUUAUAAUAUCGUUAAUCUCAGUGGUGAAAAACUCUAAACCCAUACUGGAUAGUAUAGAAGCACUAAGGGCUUUAUAUCCAUAUCAAAGAAGCAUUAAAGAUCAACGGAUUUCCUUUCUCUACCAUCCUGUUUCAAUCCUGUAUUCAUAUGCAUACCGAACAACAAGAAGUCACCAAAUUUCAAUACUAUUCAUAGUAUUCAAAUUCUCUUGAAAUUUAAUCAACAGUCUGAUCACACAAAUUAGUAUAUACAUUUGCAUUAUCACGAUAAUUUAUUCAAACAUUAGCUAAAGGAACUGCCAUCAUUGUUUCCUAAUUAAGUAAAAAUGAUUAACUAAUUGUCGCUGGAAAUUUGUUUUAGAAAGGAAAAAGUAGUCGUAGCACUUGUAAGAUAUUUGUAAUUAUAUCAAGAGAGGUUUUAAACAUUU